AUUCUCUAGUCCUAUGAGGGUUUUAUUUUUAAAUGGUCACCGGAAGUGUUGAUCUGUGUUGCAAAACAGUGGUCCAGAGGAGGAAGCACUAAUACUUGACAGGUUAUAGCUAAGCCACAUGUGAAGAUGAGUGUCCCAGAUUACAUGCAAUGUGCCGAAGACCACCAAACGGUUCUAGUCGUGGUCCAGCCGGUUGGCAUUGUGCCCGAGGACCAGUUCUUCAAGAUCUACAAACGCAUCGCCAGUGUGAGCCAGGUGAGCAUCCGGGACUCGCAGCGUCUCCUCUACAUCCGCUACCGGCACCACUACCUGCCUGAAAACAACGAGUGGGGAGACUUUCAGACGCAUCGCAAGGUCGUGGGCCUUAUUGCCAUCACCACCUGUGCUGCAGUCAAGGAGUGGCCCCAGACCGCCGAGCGCUUCCACUCCCAGAAGGAGGUGUACAGCUCCACGCUGUACGAUUCGCGGUUGCUGGUGUUUGGGCUGCAGGGAGAGAUCGCAGAGCAGCAACGGACAGAUGUGGCCUUUUACUCGAGCUUUGAAGACUGCAUGGAUGUGGAGAAGAGAGUGGAGGACUUUGUGGAGUCAAUAUUUAUUGUUCUGGAAUCCAAGCGGCUUGACCGGGCCACAGACAAGUCAGGCGACAAGAUCCCACUACUCUGUGUGCCCUUUGAGAAGAAGGACUUUGUGGGUUUGGACACAGAUAGCAGGCAUUAUAAGAAGCGUUGCCAGGGACGGAUGAGGAAACAUGUUGGGGACUUGUGCCUCCAGGCAGGCAUGCUGCAGGACGCUCUGGUCCACUACCACAUGGCUGUGGAACUUCUCAGGGGCGUUAAUGACUUCCUCUGGCUGGGUGCUGCGUUGGAGGGUUUGUGUUCCGCCUCGGUCAUAUUCCACUACCCUGGAGGCACAGCAGGAAAGAAUGCAGGACGCAAGCCAAGCAUCUCCCAACCAGCAGACGCAGGGAAACGCCACAGACCAGGGGCUCAGGAGGUUCUCAUUGACCCAGGUGCCCUCACAACAAAUGGCAUUAGUGCAGACACCAGCACUGAGAUUGGACGAGCAAAGAACUGCCUGAGUCCUGAGGACAUUAUCGAGAAAUACAAAGAGGCCAUCUCCUACUAUGGAAAGUACAAGAACGCAGGAGUGAUUGAGCUGGAGGCCUGUGUGAAAGCGGUCAGGGUGCUGGCCAUUCAGAAGAGGGCCAGGGAGGCCUCUGAGUUCCUGCAGAACGCUGUGUACAUCAACCUGGGACAGCUAUCAGAAGAGGAGAAGAUCCAACGCUACAGUAUCCUCUCUGAGCUCUACGAACUGAUCGGCUUCCAUCGCAAGUCUGCGUUCUUCAAGCGCGUCGCCGCCAUGCAGUGUGUGGCCCCCACCAUCCCAGAGCCUGGCUGGAGGGCCUGCUACAAGCUGCUGCUCGAGACACUGCCUGGAUACAGCCUGUCACUUGAUCCCAAAGAUUUUAGCAAAGGUACCCAUCGAGGCUGGGCUGCUGUUCAAAUGCGCCUCCUCCAUGAACUGGUCUACGCUUCCCGUCGCAUGGGCAACCCUGGCCUGUCUGUCCGCCACCUGUCCUUCCUGCUGCAGACCAUGCUGGACUUCCUGUCUGAUCAAGAGAAGAAAGAGGUGACCCAGAGUCUCGAGAACUACACCUCCAAGUGUCCUGGUGGAAUGGAGGUCAUCACCCUUCCCGAUGGUCUGAAACUCCCUCCAGUGCCCUUCACAAAGCUGCCCAUUGUCCGAUCAGUGAAGCUCCUCAAUCUUCCUGUCAGUCUGCGUCCCCACAAAGUGAAAGGCCUGCUGGGACAGAAUAUGGCUACCGCCAGCCCCUUCAUCUACUCCCCAAUCAUCAUGCACAACAGAGGAGAGGAGCGGUGUAAGAAGAUAGACUUCCAGUGGGUUCAAGGAGAUGUUUGUGAAGUGCAGCUCAUGGUCUACAACCCCAUGCCUUAUGAACUUCGUGUGGAGAACAUGGGUUUGCUGACCUCUGGAGUGGAGUUUGAAUCCCUGCCUGCUGCGCUGUCCCUGCCUGCAGAAUCUGGCCUGUACCCCGUCACUCUGGUUGGUGUCCCACGUACAGCUGGCAACAUCACUGUCAACGGUUACCACACGUCAGUGUUUGGUGUCACCAGCGACUGCCUGUUGGAGGGCCUGCCAGGGGUGAAGACUAGUGGCUGUUUGGUAGAGGUCAUUCCCUCCCUUCCUCGUCUCCAGCUCAGCACAUCACUGCCACGAUCAGCCCACACGCCUCAGCCGAUGUCCAAAGAGGAGCUGUCCAGCACUGUGUCCGUCCAGCUGUUCAAUGGAGAGACCCAGCAGCUGACCAUCAAACUGGAGAACAUUGGAUCGGAGGACAUUGAGACACUGGAGCUAACCUCUAAGACUGUCAGCACCAAAGAGAAAGUGUUUGGGGAGUUUCUGAGCUGGGAGCUAGAGGAGGCUUUGUCUCACCUGCCUCUGAAGCCUGGCCAGGCUGUGACACUGACUGUCAGCAUCAAAGUCAAGCUGGACUUCUCUGGUCAGGAGAACCUGCUGCAGGACCUCAAUGAUGAUGGGAUCAGUGUGACAGGCCUGCCAAUCUCCAGCCCGCUACGCCAAGUUCUCAAACCCAGGUCCGAGAGCAAACCUGUCAGCGGCGAGUCCGGCAAGGCAGAGUACAGCCAUGUUAAGACUUUGGAAGCAGUUCUGAACUUCAAGUAUUCUGGAGGAGCAGGCAAAGUGGAGGGCUACUACAGGGAGCUGUCUUUGGGGGUCCAUGUUGACGUGGAGCCGUCUGUUUUCUUCACCAGAGUCAGCACUCUUCCAGCAACCAGCACCCGCCAGUGUCACCUCCUGCUUGACAUCUUCAACCCAACAGAGCAUGAACUCACCGUCAGCGCCAAGAACAACCAGGACCUGGUUCUCCACGCCAGUGAGUGCCAGCGGAUGGCCAUCCAGGUUGACAAGUUUGACUUUGAGAGUCUGCCACCACCAGAUCAGGAGACGGCGCGCUUCACCAACCUCAAACAGCUGGAGGAAGAGCGACAGCAUGCCCAGGGCUGCCAGAUCAACAGUAAGCUGGGCAUCUGUUGGACCAUCCCUUCCCUGCGACGUCGUGGAGAGGCCAGUGUGGAGGGAGUCCUCAACCAGCUGGUCCUGGAACACCUACAGCUUGCUCCUUUACAGUGGGAUGUGUUGGUGAAUGGGAAACCAUGCGACUGCGAUGUCAUUGCCGACUGUAAAGUGGGUGAUGCUGUGAGCCUGGAGGUACAACUGACCAAUCUGAGCAAGAACACCGUGGGUCCCCUGGCUCUGACUGUUGUGCCCUAUCAGGACUUCCAGAAUGGAGUCCAGAACUACGAUUUGGAGGACGCCGUCACCUUCAUUGGCUCCAACACCUUCUAUAUUGACACGGUUAAACCCAAAGAGAGCUCUGUCUGUGUGGGUGCCCUGCUCUUCCUCUACACUGGAGAUUUUUACCUUAAUAUCAAGUUCCAGGAUGACAGUGCUGGACGAGAGCUUCCUUUAGCCUGGUUCACUCUGCCCAGUGUCCACAUCCGAGCCCUGGACACUCCACUCCAGGCCGGGGCCUAAGGGCCCAGUGGCCUCGUCAUUUUGCCUCUGAAUGAAGGAUGGGUUUUCUCUGUAAAUACAUACAUGUAAAUAUUAUUUCGUUAAAGGUUAUGUGUGAAGUAGAUCGCAAUGGGACUUGAAGUCAUCUUUUCAAAAUGUUUGAGUGCUUUGUUGCAGCCCACCAGUGUGCAGGUGCGUUUGGACCGAGCGCAAAGCGAAAGUUAAGUUUGAGUGAAAAAAUACAGCUUGUCCCCAGGCUACUCAGUGCACAUGUUGCUGUGUGGCUAAUGAUAUGGCUGCGUCCGUACAUUUGGCUAUCUGGGGUGACUAAAAACAGGCUGAGCUGGUAAAUGAGUGUGUGUAAUGUGAGCAAAAUACAUUUAAAGACUUGGCCAUAAAUCAGUUAAUUUCAUUGGAAUCACUGCAGACAGUACAAAGUGAAGAAAACUGCCUUAUUGGCUGUAUGGAACCAUCUGAUAGUUAGCUAACUGCUCGCUAUCAGGCUAACUUGGCAAGGUGUUUUGCAAGCACCCAGGAAGAGUAAGAGAGUCUUAGAACCAGUUUAACAUAGUGGCCAAACUGCGUAAUUACAGCAUCUACUUGUGAUUGUCCACUUUCUGAUGUGUUGAAGCACUAAUACCACUGACACACUUGUUCUUAUCUUUGAUUUUUGAAUCAGAAUUUAUUCAUUCUUUUGUUACCUUUUAUUUCAGAUAAGAACAUUUCUUUUGAAAGAGGACUGUAAGAAUUAGUGUGAGCAGAGAACCUCAGAGCCCUGACUGAAGAAGAGCUAAACACCAACACUGGAAUCUAACCAGAAUCAAAUGGCAAGUUUGUGUACAUAAAAUGUACUUAUUCCUACUGCUGUCUGGACAGCUUCUCUUACCUCUGUGCCACUACACUGAAUCACUGAUAAAAUGAAUGGUGUUUGAUUAUGUGAAUUAUCGGUCAUUAUGUGUGGCCUAUAAUUGUUGUAAAUAAAUGUUAAAAGAAGGCAACCUUUGUUUAUUUUCACAUUGUUCCAACUCUUUACAUUUUCCUCUGGCAGCCAUUAUAGCUCUGUCAUCCUACUGAGAUGACCUUUAUCGCCUCAGAAAUUUUGGAGUUGACAAGCAACAAAAUCCAUAAAUA